AUCCCUCCACUCGAAAAAAAAAAUUCCCUCCCAACUGCUGCAUCCACGGUUUGGGUUCGCUCCACACGGAGUUAGGCAAAAAGAGUGUAAUUGAUUUCACAGCCAAGUGAUGGCAAUACUUCGGUUUAGAUAUUCCAUCAGCGCUAGCGAAACUUAGCACUCAGGAAUGAUAACAAAUCUGCAAAGAGCGAGCGGUGCUACUGAUACGUUGUAGGACUAUUUUGACAUUGGCGGAGAAAGACGUUGUGAUGAAAUUGACAUGAUUGGAAGUGGCUCAUGUUACCCAGUCAGGCAGAACUGUGCAUUGCACGAAGAGGAAAGAAGUGGAUCAGAGCAAGACCUCUUAGAAGUCGGAAGAGGAGAGGACGGAAAGGGGGAGGAAGAGGAUGGCGCUGCUGCCGGAACAACGCAAAUGGAAGCUGAGCAGGGUGACUCGGCUACACAACUGGAUGGAGGACUGUGGGGAUCGCUUCCCGAAGACUUGCAGGACCGUAUUUUGGCCUGGCUGCCGUUUCCCGCUUUCGCACGGGCUUGCACAGUCUGCAAACGGUGGAACUCUGUAAUGUACUCCCACAGUUUCUUGGAAAUGUACCGGCGGGUUCCAUCACCAGAGCCAUGCUUCUUGAUGUUUGAGGCCAAGGACCGUAGCAUGUGCUCUGUGUAUAACCCUGCAUCUAACCGCUGGCACCGGAUUCCCUUCACAUUUUUUCACUAUGAGACCAAGUUCCCUUGCGCCGCAGCUGGGGGCUUGCUUUGCUUUUGUGGCGUAAGUGCCUACCCCAGUUUGUCAGUGUGCAACCCUGUGACUCGCAGAUGGAGGGAGUUGCCUCCCAUGCUACACAAGAGGUUUCCAAAUCUCGUAGGCAUGGUGGUCGACCCGCAGACACGAGCUUACAAGAUUGUGGUCGCUGGAGACUACUACGAAGACAACGUCAGAACAGAGGUUUACGACUCCACAUCGAAUACCUGGCGCAUAACUGGAAAUCACUUGCCGAUUGCAAACUACACGCUCCGCAAUGCAUUCUGCAACGGCUUCCAUUUCUGGGUCACCCGGGAUCCAUACGGGGUCAUAGCUUUUAACAUGCAACACGGAGUUUGGAGUGUGGUCCGGGCUCCGAUGCCCUCCUUCCUCACUUCGCCUCACCUGGUGGGAUGCCAACGGCGUCUCCUCAUGGUGGGGGGGUUGAAGAAGCAUGCCAUCCCGAAGAACAUCAGGAUAUGGGAGCUUGAACAGAGCACAAUGAAUUGGGUGGAGAUCGUUCGGAUGCCUCACACGCUGUGUAAGAGAUUCCUGAAAGACUCGAGGAAUGGAGAUUUCAUGUGCGUUGGACACAACGACCUCAUUUGCCUAACAAGUUACAAGUGCCCGCACGCGUUGAUCUACGACUUCUCGAAGCGGUCAUGGCGAUGGGUGCCAAGCUGCCCUUUGCUUACCGACAUUGAGGACUACAGAUCUACUAUUGGAUUCCCUUUCAAUCCGAGGCUGGAUGCUCCAGUCUAAAAGCAUCAAGAUUUGGACUCCACGCAGUUUCUAUUAGAUCGUUGCUCAACAUGUGAUGCAUCGCAUCAUCCAUUUUCAAUCGUUUUCAACGGUUUUCCCGGAGCUAUGUCCGAAGAAUGUCUUGUCUCAAAAAUCAAGAAAUGAAUUUAUCCUGUCGGACCACACAACUUUCACAAGGAAAACUUCUCAAAUGAAAAGAACGGUUCCUACCCCUGUUAUAUACAGUUAGAGAUUCUGUGAUUCGCCGUAGCUCUAGGAUCACUGUACCAUGUCAAUCCAUCCCAGAGAGAUAGCUCACUGCCUUGACACUUUAGUGCAGAAUCUAAUUGAACGAUGAAAUGUGUUCACAAGGCACAUGUGUCGGCAUUGUCCUUGAGCUGAGGUGCAUCAUUAGAUUAACCACCGUCGCUUCUCAAA